UUUAGUUUUAAUUUUGUAUUUAUAUUUUGUAUGUAAGUCAAGGGUCAAUGAAUAUAAAUUAUCUUUAGCUAUUUAUACUUACUCUUUUUUUUUUUAAAACUUUGUUUUUUGAGACAAAGUUUCUCUGUAUAAUAGCCCUAGCUGUCCUGAACCUGCUUUGUAGACCAGAACCUUGAACUCACAGAGAUCCUCUGUGGCUGCUUCCCAGUGCUUGGGAUUAAAGGCGUGCGCUAACACGCCCAGCUACACUUACUCUUAAAGUCUGUAGCUUAAUGUAUGAUAAAACAAAAUUUCUUAUGGUAUGUAACACCAUCUUUAGGUUAAGUUUUGUCCCUUGUACCUGUCUUUUAGUGAUCGGUAUAGUAAAGGAGACUUUGAAACUAAAAUGGGUCAGAGAUUUACAAACUCAGACACAGUCGUUUAAAAUGUGUGUACACUGAAGUUUUAACAAUACAGAUAUUGUUAAUUAUGCCAAUGCUGCUUCCUCCAGUGGAGCCAUAGAGGACUGUUACUUAGCCUUUCUGCCCUCAAGUACUGUGUAGGAAGGAGCUGAUGGUGACAGCAUUAAUCUACAUUGUCUUUUUUUUUUAAAGAUUUAUUUAUUUAUUAUGUAUACAACAUUCUGCCUCCAUGUAUGCCUGCACGCCAGAUGAGGGCGCCAGAUCUCAUUACAGAUGGUUGUGAGCCACCAUGUGGUUGCUGGGAAUUGAACUCAGGACCUCUGGAAGAGCAGCCAGUGCUCUUAACCUCUGAGCCAUCUCUCCAGCCCCCUAAUCUACAUUGUCAUAGCGAAGGUGCUCCCCACCCCCUGGCUGUCAUAGCGAAGGUGCUCCCCACCCCCUGGCUGUCAUAGCGAAGGUGCUCCCCACCCUCUGGCUGUCAUAGCGAAGGUGCGUCCCAUGCCAAGGGCUAGAUUUACUUUUACAAAACCACAAUACUAUUUUUAUCAGUACAAAUCUGUGCAAAAUACACAAUGUCAGUGUCCAGAGGGAUCAGGUUUCUCUUGCUACUCCAUAUGUGCUUGCAAUACCUUGUUUGGACCAAAAUUCUGCAGAGAACUGUCUGCUGCACCUGGUUGCUAGGCGUUUAUCUCCUCUAACCAGCAGCAGUUUCUUAUCUCCCUUUCCUAUUUAUUUAAAAUUUAGCUGUUUGUAUGUAUUUUUGAAUGUGCCUCUACUUCCUCUGUGACCUCUCCUCCACACACUAAGUCUUGAAUUACACUGUCCAGUCAUCAUGUGGUAGUCAUCAUAUAGCCGUGCUGUUUAAAUGAAAUAAAAGUGGUUCCCCAGUUGCAUUUGCUGCAUUAGUCCAGCAGUCAUAGGUUGCCUAGUGGCUACUGUUUGAGUAAUACAGAUACAAAUGUUUCCAUAAUUAUAGAAAAUUCUGUUGAAAUACAGUGAUCAAAAUGUUAGAUUCAACCUUGUUUUUUUCAUGAGAGAUGCAAGAAAAAUGCCAUAGGUGUAGGUUUUAUAUUAGGAAAAUUAUCUGUUGCAUUCAUUACCAGGGAGACAUACGAUAUCUGAGUCCUCCCAUUUGGGAUGUUACAGUUGAGCUGUGCACUGGUUCCUGUGCUGUCAGCUCAGUUGACCCACCAUGAAGUUGCUCAAGAGUCUUCUAAUGAACAGGGAGAUCUUUCAUGACUAGCUGUGCCUGGGUCUGUUACUGCACGACGCCACAGAGUGGCACUUUCUAGUUGUGUCAUGUCUUAGUGCUUGCUUAGCUGGCGCUCUGCUGAAGAACCUGCCUUCCACAACUAUCUGACUACCCUGAAAUAUAACUGGGAUAGGAACGGCAAGAGAAAUGCUUAACUCUGUUCCUUUCUUUUCAGACUACAUCAAUGAAUUGGUGGCCUAGCAACCUUCAAAGUUGCCAGAACAAAGGGGAUUUAGCGAUGGAGGCCUUGUUGGAAGGAAUACAAAAUCGAGGGCAUAGCGGGGGAUUUUUGACGUCCUGUGAAGCAGAACUGCAGGAGCUCAUGAAACAGAUCGACAUAAUGGUGGCACAUAAGAAAUCUGAAUGGGAGGGGCAGACGCACGCGCUGGAGACUUGUUUGGACAUCCGCGAUCGCGAGCUGAAGACGCUGAGAAGCCAGCUGGACAUGAAGCACAAGGAGAUUGGAAUGCUGCAUCAGCAGAUAGAAGAACAUGAAAAAAGCAAGCAAGAAAUGGCCAUAGAGUAUAAGCAGGAGUUAAAGAAGCUGCAGGAGGAAUUAGGCAGACUGAAAAGAAGCUAUGAAAAGCUGCAGAAAAAGCAACUAAGAGAAUUUAGAGGAAAUACCAAAAGUCUGCCGGAGGAUCGGUCUGAGAUCGAGAGGCUGACUGGAAAAAUAGAGGAAUUCCGACAGAAGUCUCUGGACUGGGAGAAGCAGCGUUUGAUUUAUCAGCAACAGGUGUCUUCUCUGGAAGCACAAAGGAAGGCUUUAGCUGAACAGUCGGAGAUCAUUCAGGCUCAGCUUGCUAACCGGAAACAGAAAUUAGAGUCUGUGGAGCUGUCCAGCCAGUCAGAAAUCCAGCACCUGAACAGUAAGCUCGAGCGGGCCAAGGACACCAUUUGUGCCAACGAGCUGGAAAUAGAGCGCCUUAAUAUGAGGGUCAAUGACCUGAUGGGGACCAAUAUGACUAUCCUGCAGGAGCAGCGGCAGAAGGAGGAGAAACUGAGGGAGUCUGAGAAGUUAUUAGAGGCUCUGCAGGAAGAACAGAAAGGAUUGAAGGCAAGUCUUCAAUCUCAAGAAAACUUCAUCCUUGAGGCAAAAAUGCAGAAGGAGAAACUGCAAACAAAAUUGAAGACAGUUGACACUCAGCACCCCAUAGAAAGCAUGAGGCCGCUGGAGAAGUGUCAGGCAGAAAGGAAGUUCCCGUCUCCAGGCCCAGGAGUCCUAGAUAAUGUGCUAUCACAGCUGGACUUCAGCCACACCAGCGAGGAGCUCCUGCAGGCAGAGGUGACUCGUCUUGAAGGCAGUUUGGAAUCUGUGAGUGCAACUUGUAAACAGCUGAGCCAAGAAUUAAUGGAAAAAUAUGAAGAACUGAAGAAAAUGGAAGGGCAUAACAAUGAGUACAGGACCGAGAUUAAAAAGUUGAAAGAACAGAUUCUGCAGGCUGAUCAGACCUAUAGCUCUGCGCUGGAAGGAAUGAAGAUGGAAAUCUCCCAGCUGACUCGCGAGUUACACCAGCGAGAUAUCACUAUUGCUUCUGCCAAGUGUUCUUCUUCAGACAUGGAAAAGCAGCUGAAGGCAGAGAUGCAGAAAGCUGAAGAAAAGGCAGUAGAGCAUAAGGAGAUUCUGAGUCAGCUAGAAUCACUCAAGUUAGAAAAUCGCCGUCUUUCUGAAACAGUGAUGAAGCUGGAACUGGGCUUGCACGAGGUCAAAUGUCUGAAGACUGAAUUCUUUUCUCUGAACUUCUAGGGAGUGUUCUGCUUCCAAAAAGAUGUAUAGUCACACAAGGCUCUCUCUUUGCUCCUAAGUAGUCCCAAUUUCACAAUCAUGGAGGCUGAGAUGGAAGAAAAUGCAAAAGGCUAGAAGAACACUUACUUCCAACUAGAAAAAUAGGGGACUAGUUCUGUAAUCUCUCAGGUGGGAAGAUUCUCUGAGCAUCAUGAAACCAUAAAGGAUUUUACAACAUAAAAAUGUAAAAUUUCUGGAUGGCAAAAGACUCCAUUAAAAAGACUAAUAAUAGAAGCCAGGUAUGGCAGCUCAUGUUUAUAAACCCAGCUACUCAGGAGGCUGAGGCAGGAGGACUAAGAGUUCAAGCCCAAACUGGGCAAGACCCUGUGUCAGAAUAAAAGUAAUAGCAAAAGAACUGGGAGUGUAUCUUAGAUGGAGAGCAAUUGCCUAGCCUGCGACUCUGGAUUUGAUAUCCCUUGCACUGCAAAAGGAGUAACUAACUAACUAACUAACUAUAAAACAAAUGACAGACAAGGAGAAGUAACCUAUAAGCAGAUGCAGGCUAUCAAAUAAGAAUGUCCUAAAGAGUAAUAGGAAAGGGAUGCAGAAGAAAAAUGGCAAAGAACUGAGUAGAUAUUUCAUAGAAAUUUAAAUUCAAGUGAGAGAGGGAAGCUGCUUAACUUCCCUAAUAACCAACAAUUUUAAAAAUAAAAUUUCUCUUGCUAAUGGACUUGAUAAUGCUUUAAAAAGCUAAUGUAUGGCUUCUGUUGGCAAAUAUUAAAAGGACAGGUUCUGCUGUGCACAUUGAUAUGACUUUCAGGAAAGUUUGGCCGUGGACAUCAAGCUGUAAAUACAUACAGCCCCAAGUACACCGGGGUAUUUACAGCUGUGAUAUUAAUAGUCAUGUUCUUCAGUGUCCCCAGCAGUUUGCAUUCCCAAAGAACCCAUCUUGUAGGAGUAAAUGUCUGGAAGUGGGCACAGCAGUAUUAUGAAAUAAACUGGUUACUAAAAUGGUUGGUCUGUGACUGUACUGUGAAAUAUGCUGUCUUUAAUACAGCAGAUGGGAAUAUUCAUUCAGUUUUGCCCCCACUCCACAUCCCUUUGAUAUAAUGAAAGUUGUUUUUUUAAAGCACAAACUUGUAUGGAUGGGGAAAAAUAGGAGAGGAGACAGUAGCCAAACAUUUACAAAAUGUUUGCUUUUAUUUUUGUGUGUGUGGUAUAUGCUUGUCUUCAUGUGUGGGGGCACAUGUGUGUAUGUGUGUGUAUGAAUGGAAUCUAGAGAUUGGCACUUGGCAUCUUCCUCUAUCAUCCUCCACGUUACGUACUGAGGCAGGGUCUCUCACUUGAACCCUGAGCUUGCUGACUUGGCUGAUCUAGUUAGCCACCUUGCUCCAGAGAUCCUGUUUCCUCUUUCUCAGUUUUACAGGCAGUCUACCAGUCCACUCGGCCAGCAUUUACAUGAGUGUUAUAAAUCUGAGCGCUGGUCCUCUUGCAUGGCAAGUACUUUGCCAACUGAACCGUCUUCUCAGUCCUAUAACUCAACAUUUUAUAAAGGAAGUGGAAGAUGGAUGGAGGGCAGGGGUUGGGAAGCCAGUUAGCUAACGAGCUGUCUGGCUUAGUGACUGGAUGGAUGGACGAUAAAUGGGUGGAUUAGUGGGUGAGUGGGUAAGUAACUGAGUGGGAGUAUGGACAACAAAUGACCUUGUAUGCACUGGUAAAGCCAACACUGAGUGAAUAGUAAUUCAUGAACUAAUCUGAUUUAUACUACAGAAUCCUUUAAGAAUAUAUGAUUUGGCAGUGUUAAAGAUUUAGGGGCCCCUACCUGAUAGAGUGAUUCCCUGUUCACAUUCAGAACUGAGAGCUUUCAGGAAUGUCACAGUUGGACUCUGCCCAGAGUUCUGUGCAGCUGAGCUUCUCCUGAAUCUUAGUGGGAACACUGACCCUUCUUUACCCCACUAAGUACAGGCCUGCUACCCAGUUGUCAUGCUGCCUUCACCAUUCAUGUUCCUGGAGUAGUUGUUAAUAAACCACUAAGUCUUGGAGAUUCCAGGAAGAUACACGGAAAGACAAGUAUUAUAUUUUUUUCAUGUAUGUGCAAUGGUUCUCAACCUUCCUAAUGCAUUGACUCUUUAAUACAAUUCCUCACAUUGUGGUGACCUCCAACCAUAAAUUUUUUUGUUGCUACUUUAUAAAUGUAAUUUUGCUACAGUUAUGAAUUGUAAUUUAAAUAUUUUUGGAGAUAGAGGUUUGCCAAAGGGGAUUGUAGCCCACUGGUUGAAAAAUGCUAGUUUAAUGAUUUUUAGACAUCAAAGUGGUAAAAAAAAUCCUGUCAGUCUUAGCUUUCUGUGUUUCCAGAGUUACAUACAGUGUGGAUAUCUUGUACAAAUUAUCAAAACAUAAUUAUUAGGAAGUACUUUUUGCAUGCUACCACCCGGGAAGGUGAGAUUACUUUUCUAAAUUAAUCUAAUUAUGGUAAUGAAAGCAGCAGCUCUGAUGAAUAUUGAUCACAUUAAAGAUGGGUGGUAGUUGACAGUGUAGCCCUGUGUCCUGCAAACACAAGGAUGGGUGGUAGUUGACAGUGUAAUCCCGUGUCCUGCAAACAUGCUUCUCUGAGAUGUGUCAGACAUGGGCAGCUACUGAAAGAUCUUGUAAUUCCUAGUUUACAGGUUUAUAUACACGUUUGUGACGUGACAGGUAAAUUAUGUUUAUCAGAGCACUAUUUACCAGCUAGCUUUCACAAUUUUUUCUUUACAGACAAUGAAAUGCUAAACUGUAAAGAUCACAAUUAUGUUUUAGAAUGCUAAUUGAAAUCUAUCAUUAGAAAACAAAAUUAGACCUGUAUUAUCAAGAAAUGAGAUGUGUGGUCCUAGAACUAAGACCAGAUCACAGUGGUAAUUCCUGCCAUAUACUUGAGUCCUGCUUUUAUGUCGCCUAACUUUAUGUAAAACUAGGUACCAUAAAGUGCUUAAGAGGAGAGGGUAUUUAUUUAAAAGCUACCCCAUUGGCUAGAAUUUUUUAGAGCCUUGUGUUUAAAUUACUUUCUUUGAAUUAGUUCUUUUUAUUUUCUUUCACAGGUAUUCUGUGUGUGAGCUGGGGUAGGGUGGGAAGGGAGCCCCUCAUUCUUCUUUAAGAGCCAUGGCUGUUAUUUUCUUGAUUUCCCCUGUCUCUUAUUCUUAAGCUUUCCUCUGUCCUCUUUCUGUCCCUUGUGUGUCCAUGUAUAGGAGGAAGCCAUCCUGCCCCCAAUUUUCUCCUCCCUUUCCUCUAGGAAGACUGAUGCUUUCUCUGUGUUCAUCUUAAUAUGGCUAAAGACAAAUUUUCACUUUCUUUAAGUAAAGCCAUGGAUUAGUACAACUGAAAAAGAAACUAUUUCAGCCAGCACUGUUGUAGAUUGAUUGUAUGUACCCUUAAACACGCGGGUGAUUCUAGUAUU